AUGGAUUCAACAGAAAAGUUCAAGGCUAACAGCACCGGUGUAAACACUAAAAUGGAUUCCUCUGCUAUUCUCGAGGUUAUACCAAGUGAUUUGAGGUUCUUUACAGUUUCUUUACCAAGAUCUUUAGUAAGCUUAUCACUUAAGGAUAAUAGUUUGUCCACAGAAUCCUUUCCGAUGGACUUCAAUUACCUGUCCAUGUUAAAGGAAUUAUAUUUAGAUGAAAAUCCUAUAGUUUCCUUGCCCAAUUGUGUGAGAAGCCUUCCUAGGUUUGAGACACUUAGUAUGGUAAAGUGUAAUAUGCUGACAUCAGUCGAACAUCCUCCACACACACCAACUUUUAUGAAACUAUAUUUUGAUUCUAAAAGGCCUUCGCUACGAAAAGUUAUAUUUCACCCACAAAUGUCUCCACUCGAUUUCUUUAUGGACUGGAAGAUGUUAGCACCUUCUUCAUUUGAAAUUGAAGGCAUGGUUAAAACCCAACCAAUGGAAAGUGUCGAGGAAAAGGUAUUAUGUAGUUUGGGCUGGACUAAGCUAGACUCUCAUAACGAUAGGUGCCUGGUAACAUGUACAGGCUACAGAGGAAGAGAGGAAUGUGAAAUCCAGAUGUAUUAUGAAUUUGGAAUAUUCAGCACAAUUUAUGGAGGCCAAGAGAUGCCGAACUGGAUUACGGAUAGAAGAACGGGGCCAUCAAUAUCAUUUACCAUACCAUCAUCCCCUAACAAGCUCACUGGAUUGAAUUUCUGCUUUGUGCAGAUGCCUCUAUUUGUCUCUGAGUCCUUUUAUCUACCCUUGAUCAAAAUUAGUAAUAUAACAAAAAAUCUCACCUGGAUAUACCAACAUUACCUUGACGUAGUCUAUCUCGGUGGAAAGUGUUUGACGUUGUUAAGCCAUUGGAUGUUUGGGUCGAAUGAAAUGGAAUGUAGUGACCACGUUACUAUUACUAUUACCCAAAGGAAGGUUCCAGAUGGUGAUGCAGUUACAAAGGAGUGUGGGGUGAGUUUUGUGUAUGAUGAUGGAGAAGAAGAAGAAGAUGUGUUGGGUUAUUACAAGUCAUGGAAUCACAUCAUUGGUGGAGAUCUCACUGGAUUUCAGUCAACAACAGGAGAAUACAUCCUAAAGAAAAGUCGAAUUCUGCGGCCUUACGUUGAUACGUAUCUACUAAAUUCUGGCAAUCUUAGUGAAGAGGGAGCCCGCUUAAUUAAAGAUAAGCGAGUCUACUUCAAAGCUUUGUCUCAAAGGAAGUCUGGAGUAGUGGAGGAUGGCCCUUAAGGAAUGGCACCCAUCUAAUGUUUGUUCAAAAUUACUGUCCCCAACGACAUAAACUUCUUUGGAAAUUGGUAAUAAGAGCAUUAAUGUAUUGUUGCAGCUGAGAACAUCAAUCUAGUUAUGUUUAUUGUGACAUUAAUCAUUAAUGUAUUGUUGGG